UUGAAGCUCGUGCUGGUUAUGGAUGUUUUUUUUUUUAUCAUACUGUCGGUCGGUGAUAUGUUAGUGUAUUUGGUUCGUUCCGGUGCUCGGCAGUCGGAGAGAGAGAGAGACAGAGAGAGAUAGAUUAACUGUGAGCGCGCACAACACGCCCCCGUUUCGUCCAUUUAUCCGCGGGGAGAGUGAACAUGACGGCCCGGUCUGUGCGGUCCCUCUCCGGAGCCUUGAAGCUUGUGUUCAGCAACCGGUUAACCAGGGUUUACAGUGCGGCCGCAUGUAAUGAGAGACACAAGUCCACUUACACUACCAUCCCUCCGCCGGCACUGUACGGAGGCAGACACACCGUGACUCUGAUUCCCGGAGAUGGCAUCGGACCAGAGCUGGCCAAGCACGUGUGUGAACUAUUCCGGUUCUGCUGUGUGCCAGUGGACUUUGAGGUUGUCAAUGUGGACUCAUCUGUGGACUCAGAAGAAGACAUCAAUAAUGCCAUCAUGGCUAUUAGACGCAAUGGAGUUGCACUAAAAGGUAACAUUGAGACCAACCACAACCUGCCCCCCUCCUACAAGUCCAGAAACAACCUGCUCCGCACCACUCUCGAUUUGUAUGCCAAUGUGAUGCACUGCCAGUCCCUACCAGGAGUGAGGACACGCCACAGAAACAUCGAUAUCAUGAUCAUCAGGGAGAACACCGAGGGAGAGUACAGCAGCCUGGAGCACGAGAAUGUACCGGGCGUCGUCGAAUGUCUGAAGAUCAUCACCAAGACCAAAUCUCUACGCAUCGCUGACUACGCGUUCAGAACGGCGAGGGCCAAAGGACGCGGACGAGUCACGGCGGUACACAAAGCUAACAUCAUGAAGUUGGGUGACGGCCUCUUCCUGGAGUGCUGUAAGGAGGUUGCCAGCGGUUACCCUGAGAUCACCUUCGACAGCAUGAUUGUGGACAACACCACCAUGCAGCUGGUUUCCAGGCCCCAGCAGUUCGAUGUGAUGGUCAUGCCCAACCUGUACGGCAACGUAGUGAGCAAUGUGUGUGCCGGGCUGGUUGGCGGACCGGGUCUGGUGCCUGGAGCCAACUAUGGACAGGACUACGCCGUGUUUGAGACGGGCACCAGGAACACCGGGAAGAGCAUUGCUAACCAAAACACGGCCAACCCCACGGCCAUGCUGCUGGCCUCCUGCCUGCUGCUGGAUCACCUGAGGCUCCACGCUUACGCCAGCAUGAUCCGCAGAGCCAUCCUCUCCACGGUCACUGAGACUCGGCUGCACACGGCGGACCUGGGGGGCCAGGGCUCCACCUCUGAAGUGGUCCACUCCGUCAUGAACGCCGUUCAGAGCACCGGGCCCCUGACACUGAGCAUCUAGAACACACAUUCAUGUGCAAACUCACUCUCUCUCUCUCUGGCACUGCAGAGUGCAUAUAUUACAGUGUGCCUCUCUUCAGUAGUCUUCUAUGCAAUUUCAUAAUAACAAGAGAGUUGUUUGAUAGUAAUACUGAAAUGAAACUGUACACACAAACAGUCUAUGCAAUAUUUUUCAUCUUAACAUGAUUGUUUAUUUAAGUGGUCUGAGCACUUUGUUUGCAUCUGUACUUUACCUGAACUGACCAGCAUACAGUUUAGGCUUCCUGCACACUGGCUGCGUGGCGUUAGCGUGUCAGCUGCGUGGCGUUAGCGUGUCAGCUGCGUGGCGUUAGCGUGUCAGCUGCGUGGCGUGUUAACAGGUUAGAGCUUGCACACUGGCUGCACAACGAGCACGUCUCAGGCGCGUGCAUGCUAGAAACAGGGCCGACGCCUAUUUUUCACGCAACACGCAAGCGUGUUAGAAGCG